AUGGCCAAGGCUAAAAAGGCGAAAAGUGAAGAGCAGAAAGGAGGAGAUAAUACUAAUUCUGAAGCAGUGGUUAAGCAUCAGAAGCUUUGUCUCUCUAUCGACAUGGACAAUCGUCGAAUCUACGGGUACACAGAACUUCUGAUAGUUGUACCAGACAAUGGCAUUGUGGGUUUGCAUGCAGAUAAUUUGGCUAUUGACAGGGUUACAGUAGAUGGGGAGCCAGCAGAAUUCGAAGUCUUCCCUCAUUAUCAGCAAUUAGACCCAAAGGAUAGAUGGUGUGUGGUAUCGUCAGCCACCUCAGCUGCUGAUGCAGCUGGUUCGGUGUAUUUGUCAUCUCUUGAGAUUGAAUUGCUUCCGAAUUUGCUAAUAAUGUGCAGCAAGUCUGCCAAAAUGGAGAAUGAACAAAGACAUGUGCAUAUGAACACUGGUAUCGACUCGUCUGCUGAUGCCGAGCAGAAUGUGAAAAAAGUUCGCAUUGAUUAUUGGGUGGAGAAGGCAGAAACAGGAAUUCAUUUUGAUGAUAAUGUGUUACAUACUGAUAACCAGUUAAGGCGUGCAAGGUGUUGGUUCCCUUGCAUGGACGAUAGUUUGCAGCACUGCUGCUAUGAUUUAGAAUUUACAGUGGCCAGUAACCUCGUGGCAGUUAGCUCUGGAACAUUACUUCAUCAGAUUUUGACCAAGGAUGAUCCUCCGCGGAAGACAUAUGUAUAUAGAUUAAAUGUUCCUGUGGCUGCUCAAUGGAUAUCUCUGGUAGUUGCUCCAUUUGAAAUUCUUCCUGAUCAACAUAGUGGUCUUCUAUCACACAUUUGUCUACCAGCGAACUUGUCAAAGCUAUGGAAUUCAGUUGGAUUUUUCUACAAUGCUUUCGGCCACUAUGAGUCUUAUCUAGGUGCGAAAUUUCCAUUUGGGUCGUACACACAAGUGUUUAUAGCUCCUGAAAUGGCAGUAUCCUCGUUGAGUUUGGGAGCAUCUUUAAGUAUCUUUAGUUCUCAAAUGCUGUUUGAUGAGAAGCUUAUCGAUCAGACUAUAGAAACGAGGAUUAGACUUUCUUAUGCCCUUGCAAGACAGUGGUUUGGAGUAUAUAUCACUCCUGAAGCUUCAAAUGAUGAUUGGCUCUUGGACGGUCUUGCUGGGUUUCUGACUGACACAUUCAUUAGGAAGUAUCUAGGGAACAAUGAAGCACACUAUAGGCGGUAUAAGGCUAAUGUCACAGUUUGCCAAGCGGAUGAUAGUGGUGCAACUGUCUUGAGCUCUGCUGCUGCCUCUAAGGAUUUGUAUGGAACCCAGUGUAUAGGUUUUUACGGAAAAGUGAGAUCAUGGAAAUCUGUGGCCAUCCUUCAAAUGUUGGAGAAACAGAUGGGUCCUGAGUCAUUUCGUAAAAUUCUUCAGACUAUUGUUAUUCGGGCUCGAGAUGCUGUUCAUUCUUUUAGAACUCUCAGUACCAAGGAGUUCCGGCACUUCGCCAAUAAGGUUGGAAAUCUUGAGCGUCCAUUUCUUAAAGAGUUUUUUCCUCGCUGGGUUGCGGCCUGUGGUUGUCCAGUGCUGAAGAUGGGGUUCUCCUAUAACAAAAGGAAAAAUAUGGUUGAGUUAGCAGUACUGCGGGGAUGUACAGCCAGACCUGAUUCUAAUGCAAUUGUUAAUAAUGGUAAUCCUGAUAAUGAAAACCGAGAAGGCGAUGUUGGAUGGCCAGGCAUGAUGAGCAUAAGGGUUCAUGAGCUUGAUGGCAUGUAUGAUCACCCAAUUCUACCAAUGUCUGGUGAACCUUCGCAGCUGCUGGAAAUUCAAUGUCAUUCAAAACUUGCUGCUAAGCGCUUCCAGAAACCCAAAAAGGGCUCCAAGCCUGAUGGUUCUGACGACAAUGGUGAUGUGGUGCCCGCUACUGAUAUGCGACCAAAUUCUGAUUCUCCCCUGCUGUGGCUUCGCGCGGAUCCAGAAAUGGAGUAUCUUGCUUUAGUUCACUUUAACCAACCUGUUCAGAUGUGGAUAAAUCAAUUGGAGAAGGACAAGGAUGUUAUUGCUCAGGCCCAAGCUAUUGCAGCAUUAGAGGCAUUACCACAACUUUCAUUUUCUGUUGUGAGCGCUCUAAAUAACUUUCUCAUGGAUUCCAAGGCUUUCUGGAGAGUCCGAAUCGAGGCUGCCUAUGCGUUAGCUAGUACAGCAUCUGAGGAUACUGACUGGGGUGGCUUACUCCACCUGAUCAAAUUUUAUAAAAGUCAGAGAUUUGAUCCAAAUAUCGGACUUCCCAGGCCAAAUGACUUCCGCAAUUUCCAGGAGUACUUUGUACUUGAGGCAAUUCCACAUGCCAUAGCCAUGGUCAGGGCUGCAGACAAGAAAAGCCCCAGAGAAGCUGUUGAGUUUAUUUUGCAACUCCUGAAGUACAAUGACAACAAUGGAAAUCCAUAUUCUGAUGUUUACUGGCUUGCUGCAUUGGUCCAGUCUGUUGGUGAACUUGAAUUCGGACAACAGAGUAUUGUAUACUUAUCACCCCUUCUCAAGAGACUUGACCGGCUUUUGCAAUUUGACAGGUUGAUGCCAAGUCAUAAUGGGAUUUUAACAAAUAGCUGUAUUCAGUCAUUGACUCAAAUUGCACUCAAGCUGUCAGAAUUCAUACCUCUUGAUCAUGUUGUUGAACUUAUUAAACCAUUUGGGGGAUCGACCACAUGGCAAAUUCGAAUUGAAGCAUGCAGAGCACUCCUUGACCUUGAGUAUCAAUGCAGAGGAAUGGAUGCAUUACUAAUACUAUUCAUCAGAUACCUAAAUGACGAGAUGUCUCUGAGAGGGCAAGUUAAAUUAAGUGUCCAUGCUCUGCGCUUAUGUCAGAUGCAAAAUCCAUCUGAUCCUGGCAAUGAUGUAAAGAGUGACACACUUGUGGCCAUGCUUCGCUUGCUUGAGAGCCCCCUGGCCUUUAACAACGUUAUUCUUCGUCACUACAUUUUCUGCAUUUUGCAAGUUCUUGCUGGAAGGGCUCCAACGCUUUAUGGGGUUCCAAGAGAUGAAACACUGAGGAUGGGGCAUGCAAAAACUAGCAGUGAACUUAAAAACAUUUUCGCUGCUCUUGUUAAGCAAUCUAAUCCUCCAGAACCUUGUUCAGAUGCCCUUGAACUUCCAGGUGAUAUUUUGGUCCCUGAAGUUUCCAAGGAAGGAAAUAAUUAUCCUCAAAAUCAUGAACAGACUAUUGGAGUUACCUAUACUACACCUACUGGUUCAGCAACUCUGGAUGCGCACAGGACAGCAGAAACUCCUUCUCAUAGUCCAGUGUUGCACCAUGGUGAAGAUGGUCCCAUCACGAUUAGCAAAGUGUCCACUUUAUCUGAAAGUAAUGACAUGAAGCAAGUCACUGACCUCUUAUAUGAUAACUCAAUUGCUCCUGAGGCUUCAAGAGAAGCUGACACUUCAUUUGACAUUCAUCUGCAAACGGGAUCCGGUGGUGACCCUGUGCAUGAUUCUGUUGCCAUUGCUGAAGUUCCGAAAGCUGAUAAUACUGUUUACAGAAGUUGUGAACAAAAGAAGCCAAAGCUCAAGAUUAGGGUCAAGCAUUCUGCGGCAUCCAGUCGGGCAGAGGAACCUGAUAAUGGUAGACAGAUACGAUCUCAAGAUGGGGCCACUGAUGCUGAUCAUGGAGCGAGCAGCUCAGUUUCUGUUGAUGCACCCCAAAGAAAUUUCAUCGAGAAUGUUAGCACAAGUAAUCAGAACCUUGAUGAUGUCAAUUCUAGCCAUGAUGUUGGAUCUAGAGUAACUGCCAGCAUUGGCUGUGCGAAACUUGCAACUGAACUACAAUGCACUGCAGAUUCAAGCAAAGUUUCUUUGCCGCUUCUACCUGAUGAUUACUUGCCUAGUAACACCAUGAAAAAUGAUUUGGAAAUGCCGAGCCAUGGAAACACUAAUUUACCUUCACCGGCUGCCUAUAUCAUUCAUUCCUCUAGUCAAGAAAAGGAUAAGAUAAAAGACGAGAAGAAGGAGAAGAAGAAAAAGAAGAAGGAGAAGCGGAAGAGGAACGACCACGAUGGUGAUCCGGAACACCUUGAACGAAAGCGACUGAAGAAGGAAAAGAAGCGGAAAGAGAAGGAAAUGGCUAAAAUCCUCUACGGUGAGACAAAAACUGUGGAUUCAGUUGGAUUGAGAAUUAACGAGGGUGGUGGAGCAACCUUCAAUAGGGAAGCCAAGCAGCCAACUCCAUUGGAAUUUGGGAACAACAAAAACUCAAGCAAUAGAACAGAAAUGGCGGAAGAUCCUGCAACUAAGACGAAACCAAGUGAAGCCAAUGCCUCGACAAAUGUAAACACAACGGAAGACAGUGCAAGUGCACGCCAACCUACCAUUGUUGGGCUAUCUCAAGGUAAAACCGUUCAGUCUGGACGAGAAACUCAAGUUCAACACAUUUAUGACCUGUCAGUUCAUUCUGCCAUUGAUGAACUAUCAAGAAUUCCCCAGGAUGGAAUUCUUCAAAGACUUUCCCAGGAAAAAUAUCUGAAUCCCCAGGUGCUGACAUGCAUUGAGGAAUUUGAUGGAGAAAUAGACAAAGUAAGAAAUCUUGCUCUGGAAAAACUGAAAAAAUCCAAGAAUUGUGACCUGUGGAAGGGUGUGAGAGUUAAUCUUUCUGGUGUAGAAGCUAGGACUGUGAGUUCUCUUAUUAACGGAGACCAGUGGCUCCCAGACAUUUUUCGGCUAUCUCAUGGUAAACUCAUCAAGUCGGGAUGUGAAAUUCAAGCUCAACGCAUUUAUGAACAAUCAGUUCAUUCUGCCAUUCAUGAACUUUCAAGAGCCUCCAAAGAAUUUUCCCAGGAUGGAAUUCUUCAAAGACUUGCCCGGGAUAAACCAGCGAUUUCAGCAUUAGAAAGUUGUCGUUUACACCUUUCUGUUGCAUUAUAUAAUCUCAACAAUUCAUUAAUAUCCCCAAGUGAGUCCUCGUUGGAUUCGACAGUGCUAAACGAUAUUAAAACCUGGCUGAAUGGUGCAGGUGUUGGCCUUCAUACAUGCAUUGAGGAAUUUGAUGGAGAAAUAGACAAAACAAGAAAUCUUGCCAAGGAAAAACUGAACAAAUCUGUUGAAUUGGUGAGAAACUCUCUUCACCUCACAAAACAGCUUAACACUCGUAUAAGCUCAACAGAUAUUCCAAGGUUAUCGUAUUCCGAGGUUUCGAGACCAAAUAUGAACCCUAAUCUUGUAGUGGCAAAAGAUGGUUCUGGAAAUUUCAAAACAAUCAGCGAUGCCCUUAAUGCUGUCCCAAAUUACAGUAGUAAAAGGUUUGUUAUUUAUGUGAAGAAGGGUGUUUAUUAUGAAAAAGUUAAGGUUGAGCUUUAUAAGUGGAAUGUCGUGAUGUUUGGUGAUGGAAUACAUCAGACUGUUGUUUCUGGCGAUGCCAGCACGUCCGACAGAAUUAAAACAUCUAUGACUGGAACUUUCUCUGUUUACGGCAAGGGAUUUAUAGCUCGAGACAUGACAUUUCGGAAUACAGCCGGUGCAAGCAAGAACCAAGCUGUUGCCUUAUAUUCAGAGUCCGAUCAAUCAGUUUUCUACAGAUGCAGCAUUGAAGGCUAUCAAGAUUCUCUCAAUCCACAAUCCAUGCGCCAAUUCUUUCGAGAAUGCUUCAUUUAUGGAACUGUAGAUUUUAUUUUUGGAUUAUCAGCCACUGUUAUACAGUCCAGUCACAUCUUUGUUCGAAAGCCAUUGAUUGGACAAGAAAAUGUCAUAACCACCCACUCGAAGUUCAUUCCAGGGGAAAAUACAGGAAUUUCGAUACAGAACUGCACCAUUCAAGCGGCAGAGGACCUCACCGGCGUUAGGACUUAUUUAGGCAGGCCUCUGACUAAUUUCGGCAUUGCGGCAUACUUGGAGAAUGAGAUAAAUAACUUGAUUGAUCCACAAGGGUGGUUGCCGUUCUUCAACAAUAAGCCUCCGCCGGAGACUGUGAUUUUUGUGGAGUACAAUAAUAGGGGCCCUGGUGCAAUGACUAGUCGUAGGGUGAAUUGGAAAGGUUUAAAAGUUAAGCCUUCUAGAGUAGAAGCUAGUCGAUAUACUGUGAGGUCUCUUAUUAAUGGAGAACAGUGGCUCCCGGCUACAGGGGUACCUUUUAUAUUAGACCUCUAA